AUGUCCCUCCUCGAUGCGCCGCAAGCCCAAGAUGACCAGAUGCGCGACAGGACGCGUAUAUUUGAGGAGUUUUUGCAGUCGGAAUCGGCGGUCUACGACUACAAGAGCGACAUCCUUCGCAUGCUCCGCGAAGACCGCAACCGCCUCAUCGUCAACAUCGACGACCUGCGCGAUUACCGACGUGACUUCUGCGACGGUCUCCUCAAACAGCCCGUUGAUUUCUUACCCGCCUUUGAUGACGCGCUUGUGAACGUCGUGCAGCAGGUGUUCGACUCGGAGAAGCACGAGAUCGAGGGCAAGAGCUACCACGUCGGUUUCAGCGGAUCCUUUGGCGACCACCAUGUCAACCCGCGGUCACUAUCUGCCGCAUACAUCGGCAGUAUGAUAUCUUUGGAGGGGAUCGUUACCCGGUGCUCGUUAGUGAGGCCGAAGAUGCUCAAAUCCGUACACUACUGCCCCGACACCCGACUGUUUCACGCUAGGGAAUACCGCGACGGCACCUCCACGUCCAAUCUUCCUCCCACAUCGUCUGUCACUCCCCAAACGGACGAUGAGGGACAUCCGUUACAAACCGAGUACGGUUACUGCGUAUUCAAGGACCACCAGCGCAUCAGUAUUCAGGAAAUGCCGGAACGCGCCCCGGCUGGCCAGUUGCCACGCAGCACAGACGUGAUUCUGGAUGACGAUCUCGUGGACAAAACCAAACCAGGCGAUCGGAUACAACUCGUGGGCGUAUACCGCAGCGUUGGAGGUGGAGGCGGAGGCACUUUCAAGACGCUCAUACUCGCGAACAACAUCAACUUACUCUCCUCGAAAAUCGGUGGAGGUAUCGCUCAGGCUCCUGUGACUGCUACCGACAUUCGCGUCAUCAACGAGCUGGCCAAGCGCAAGGACAUCUUCAACCUCCUAUCCCAAUCUUUGGCACCCUCGAUUUACGGUCACGACUAUAUCAAGCGCGCCAUCCUCCUGCUCCUCUUAGGCGGAGCCGAAAAAAACCUAGAGAACGGCACGCAUAUCCGUGGUGACAUCAACAUGCUCAUGGUCGGCGACCCGUCGACGGCGAAGUCGCAAUUGCUCCGCUUCGUGCUCAGCACCGCGCCGCUCGCUAUUGCCACGACGGGACGAGGAAGCUCGGGUGUUGGUCUCACUGCUGCGGUGACCACCGACAAGGAGACGGGCGAGCGGCGUCUCGAGGCCGGAGCGAUGGUCCUCGCUGAUCGAGGAGUCGUCUGUAUCGACGAGUUCGACAAGAUGUCGGAUAUUGACCGGGUCGCGAUACACGAAGUGAUGGAGCAGCAAACUGUAACCAUCGCCAAAGCGGGUAUUCACACCAGCCUGAACGCCCGCUGCAGCGUCAUCGCCGCUGCUAAUCCUAUAUACGGCCAGUAUGACGUGCACAAAGAUCCGCACAAGAACAUCGCGCUUCCCGACUCGUUGCUUUCCCGUUUCGAUUUGCUCUUCAUCGUCACGGACGACGUCGACGAGCAACGCGAUCGUAUGAUUGCGGAUCACGUCCUGCGGAUGCAUCGAUAUCUGCCUCCCGGCGUGGAGGAAGGGACACCCGUCACGGACAUCCUCUCACAGCCCCUCGUCGUGGAGGGCCCGGUGGAGCAGCAGGAUAACGAGGACAAGGACGUAAACCCGUUCGAAAAGUACGACCCGCUAUUGCACAUCGGCAUCAACUCCGGACCCGCGACCCGCACGCGUAAGGCGACGAAAAAGAAGGAGGUGCUGAGCAUCGCGUUCGUGAAGAAGUACAUACAGUACGCGAAGAGCAAGCCCAACCCGCAGCUGACCAAGGGCGCGGCGGACUUGAUCGUGGCAGUCUACGCCGACUUGAGGAAUGAAGAGAUAGAAGGCAACAAUCGGCGGACCGCUCCUUUAACGGCUCGGACGCUCGAGACGCUCAUCCGUCUAGCCACCGCGCACGCGAAAGCACGCCUUUCGCCGAAGGUGCAACAGCAAGAUGCAGAGGCCGCGGAGGAGAUCCUUCGUUUCGCGCUAUACAAGGAGGUGCUCAAGCGACAGCGUCAUAAAAAGCGAAAGUUGAACGCUGGCGCGGCCGUGCCACACGAAGGCGAAGAGGAAGAUGAGACCGCAGAAGAGGAGAGCGACGAAGACGAGCCAGCGGGGUCGCAGCGCAUGCCUAUGCCAGCGGAAGUACAACAAGAGAAGGCGAAGACUAUCACCGGCGCGGACGACGCGAGGGACGACCCCAUCUGGGGAGAUCACGCACGAGACGUGGACAUGGACGUGGACGGGCGACACGACACGGCUGCGGCCGCUCCAGGCGGUGGCCAAUCCGAGGAAGCGCGGUACGUAUUGGCACCUUGA